GGAAGAUGGCAAUUUAAUUAAUGGCGCUAGUCAUCAGUAAAUAAAUAUAUUUACAAACAAACAGCUGCCGAAACCGUACUAAUUCUUCCCCCACCCGCCGAGCGUUUUGUUACGCACAUCUGUCAUCAAAAAUGUAUGGUUUACUAUUGGAGAAUCUCUCCGAGUAUAUUAAAUCGGUAUAUGGCGAGGAGAAAUGGGAAGAUAUUCGUCGUCAAGCUGGUAUCGAUUCGCCAUCGUUCAGCGUACAUCAAGUUUAUCCGGAGAAUAUGUUAAAUAAGCUGGCGAAAAAGGCGCAACAGGUACUGGGUGUCUCCGAACAUGAAUUUAUGGAUCAAAUGGGCGUGUACUUUGUCGGAUUUGUUGGCCAAUAUGGGUACGAUCGCGUACUCUCCGUACUCGGUCGACAUAUGCGUGACUUCCUCAACGGUCUGGAUAACCUGCAUGAAUACUUAAAAUUCUCAUACCCACGCAUGAGAGCACCAUCAUUCAUUUGCGAAAAUGAGACACGACAAGGACUCACAUUACAUUAUCGCUCCAAGCGACGUGGUUUCGUCUACUACACAAUGGGACAAAUACGCGAGGUGGCCCGACACUUCUACCACAAGGAGAUGCACAUUGAACUUGUGCGCGAGGAGAUACUCUUCGAUACCGUGCAUGUGACAUUUCAAUUGACAUUUGAUAAUCGUGCAUUCACACUGGCAUCGCUGGCGAUGACGAGGGAGGAGAAACAUUUGCCCAUUAGCGCACAUGUCCUGUUUGAGAUAUUUCCAUUUUGUAUUGUAUUUGGUGCCGACAUGGUCGUGCGUAGUAUUGGUAAUUCUCUAAUGGUAAUUCUACCCGACUUGCUGGGGCAGAAGAUAACAGCUUGGUUCGAUUUGGUGCGUCCAUUAAUUGCCUUCAAAUUCCAAACGAUUUUAAAUAGAACAAAUAAUAUUUUCGAACUGGUCACAGUAGAGCCGGUAACCGAUCGCGUCGAUAUCCAGCCCUCUACAGAGUUACUGCUUCACGACGAUGGAUCAGAGCCAGAAAAGACACUGCGUUUGAAAGGACAAAUGGUUUACAUGGAAAAUUGGCGAAUGAUCAUGUUUCUGGGCACACCAGUUAUGCCUGAUCUUAAUUCGCUCAUUACAACCGGUCUUUACAUCAACGAUUUGUCAAUGCAUGACUUCAGCAGAGAUCUCAUGUUAGCCGGUACUCAGCAGUCGGUCGAACUCAAAUUAGCGCUCGAUCAGGAGCAACAAAAGUCAAAGAAGCUGGAAGAGUCUAUGCGCAAGUUGGACGAGGAGAUGCGGCGUACGGAUGAGUUGCUCUAUCAGAUGAUACCGAAACAGGUGGCCGAUCGAUUGAGACGUGGAGAGAAUCCCAUUGACACAUGUGAGAUGUUCGAUUGUGUGUCAAUACUCUUCGCCGAUGUGGUCACAUUCACGGAAAUCUGCAGUCGCAUUACACCCAUGGAAGUGGUGUCCAUGCUUAAUGCUAUGUAUUCCAUAUUCGACACUCUCACCGAGAGGAAUAAUGUCUAUAAAGUGGAAACAAUUGGCGACGCCUACAUGGUCGUGUCAGGUGCACCAGAAAAGUCUGCUAAUCAUGCGGAUAAAGUUUGUGAUAUGGCCUUGGAUAUGGUGGAUGCUAUAACCGAUCUGAAAGAUCCUUCCACUGGCCAACAUCUACGUAUACGUGUUGGUGUGCAUUCCGGCGCCGUAGUGGCAGGCAUUGUCGGAUUAAAAAUGCCAAGAUAUUGUCUCUUUGGUGAUUCAGUAAACACAGCAUCACGCAUGGAAUCCACGGGUUACGCUAUGAAAGUGCACGUAUCCGAGCCAGCAAAACAAUUUCUCAGUCCUUGUUACAAAUUGACCGAGCGUGGUGAAAUUGAUGUUAAAGGAAAGGGUCCCAUGAAGACGUACUGGUUGGAGGAACGUGAAAAUCGCAAAUCGUUGCAAUUGCCACCCGAACUAUUUCAUCCGAUUUCAACAUUUACUGCGCCAACGGCUACAACGGCCACAUCCAAUCCGUCAACAGCGGCGUCAACAUCCGAUCGUCGCUUGAGUGUUUCACAAACGUUGAAAGCCAUUAUGCCUGCGGCUGCUCAGCCGGUUAUAGGAUCGGUUGAACGUAUGCAAUUGGCUAAUGCCACAAGUGCCAUGAUCAAUUCGAUGGAUGCAGCGAGUGCCGCUAGUGCUGUGUCACCGCCACAAUCUAGCGCUGGUAAGGAGCGAGGACGUAUUUAUUCGCCUGUGACCUUUACGGAUGUAGCGCGCCGUAGCAUAGCCAAUUCACCUGUACGUAAUACGUUUGGAAAUAAUGAAUGUGGUCGUGAAUCGCGAUCCAAUUCAAUGGGACAUGUUUUCAUGCGUUCGCCCAGCGAUAUUUUUGGAUCACUCAUUUUGGACACCGAAGAAUUUUUAGAAGAUUUGCAAUACUCACGAAGUUCGUUAGUGAAUAGCGGUACUUCCACUUCUGUAUGUCCCUAUAGUCCUGCACCUACUUUUCGUAUAGGCAGUGCACCGUCCAAGCCACGACCUAACAAUCCCGAUCAAUUUACACCUGAGGAAUUAGCUGCUAUGGAUCAGGCGACCCCGCCAUCGACGGCACCACCACGAGAAACAGUCACUUGUAAAGUAGCACCCAGCACAUCAUCGGCGUCGUUGGAAAAAUCUAAGGCUAGAAAAAUCACAUUUUCACGUAGCCUAACCAUACCACAAGAACCGGUGGUUUCACCACCACCACCGCCACAGCAACAGAAGAAGGAACAAGUAAAACUUCAAAGUACAAAACCUCUGAAUACUCCAAUCUCGACCGUGACCUCCGUAUCGGUACCCGUACUACCCAAAGCAACUGCAAUUGCCAUUCCGACAACGUCAAAUGUGAAGUCCACGUCAGCAACCAAAAACAUAUCCUUCGGCAGCAGCCGUACAUCAUCGCGGGAAUCACUUUCGCCGUGUUCACCGCCCAUACGCUCCAACUCAGCACCACUACCAAUGUCUAAGGCCGCACGCAAAGCGUUCCUCGCUGCCAAGCAAACAAAGGCCAUAGAAAAAUUGGACCGAAUGAUUGAAGAGGCGAAUGAAGUUGAUGUACAAAAUAAGAGAGCAAAUAUGAGGCGUAUGGCUGCGUUUCGUGAUGAAGGUGGUGGCGCCGAUGGUGGCUUGGGUGGAGGUGGUGGCUGUCCGCUCUUUCUGCCACCACCGCCAGGUCCACAAAUGACGAAUUCACUUUCGGAUUCAGGUCUUGCGCAUCAUGGCCACAACCACAAUUAUUCGCAAAUGCACUAUGCCACUUGCCACCACACUCAUGAGCCGAAGAUGUCAAAUAGUCAUAGUUUCACACAUUCACGGGCCACAGCUCAUCAGUGUUGUACGGGCUAUAAUCACUCAAACGGACGGCAUCGUGUGCAUUCCAAUGCAUGUCAAUUGUUGUAAAGGCGACUAUCGCAAUAGUCUUUGAUAUAUAUAUGUACAUACGAGUAUGUGAGUAAGAGAUGGCUGCAGAAGAUCACUUGAAAAUUAGUUCGCGUAAAAUUAGGAAAUAUGUGUAUUCUCCGUAUAGGAAAUUGUAUCUUUAACCUGUUCAAGUGGAGUAAAAUAGAAAUAGCAAAACUGAUGAAGAAUUUACAUUUUUAUAGCGAAAACUUUAUCUGCAUAAAUAGGUAUACCUCAAACUCUUUUAGUUUAAAUCAACUAAAAUUUAUAGGAAAUGAUGCACUAAAUGACACAAUCUGCAGCACUACACUUCUUCUUUAGAGAGCCAGACACCGCUUACUCGAUUGUAGCCUAGUUAGCAACAGUGGGGUAUUCAUACCUUCUCUUCGCUGCUUAGCGCCAGUUGGAAGUACCAAGUACAGCCAGGUUCUUCUCCACCUUGGUCUUCGACGUGGAGAUCUUUCUCUGCAUCUGCUUUCACCAGCAGGUACUGCAACAAAAACUUUCAAAGCUAAAGUAUUCUUUGACCAACCAACUCCAUCGCAGUGUUUACCAUUCCCCAAAUCUACGCCAAAACCUUUCUUUCGGAACCUUCCAACGCCGAUUCAAACAUUGUUGUCAUCGUCUAAGCCUCUGCACCAUACAGCAGUACGGAAAUGAGGAGUCAAUUGUAGAGUUUGGUCUUUGUUCGUCGAGAGGAAACUUUAUUUUUCGAUUGCCCACUCAGUUCGAAGCAACACAUCUUGGCAAGACUGCUGAUUCAGCGUUGGAUUUGGAUGCUGUUGUUCGUAGAUUGACGAAAUGAACCUAUAACUGCCAAAAGUGGCAUGAGCCUAAGGCUCUGAUUGUUUGUUUGACCACAAGAGGUAUUUCGUCUUGUUGAUCAUCAGCAUAUGCCAGCAAUUAUACGCUCUUGCGGUAGACCGUUCUUUGGCUGUGUAUCACGAAUUAUUUACUCUAGGGUUAAAGAAGGCUGAUGUUUUGUGAGGAUGCAAAAUUCAGUUGUCACGAAAGUAUCGCUCUACUAUCGAUAUAGAUAUGUGAUUGUUGUUGUCUGAACCUCAGAAAUAUUUCUCAAAUUGAUUGAUGCGGAAUAUUGUGGAUGUAAUGAUCCUUGACCGGGUAAAAACUUGAACCGGUCCGAUAUAAAAACCCGACUGUCGCAAGAACUAUUGAAUUCUAUUUGCCUUUUGUGACCGGUUUUAAUGAGAGGAACCUAGAUCCUUGCAUAACUUUACGCUUUGGUUCAUAGCUUCCUUCCAUUUGAGUUCUUUGCUUUCUGAUGUGUAUUCUCAAGUGGUGAGUGGGGUGAUAGGGCUUGUUGCGUGUAAUACAAAUCAUAUGGUUAUUGUCUUCGUAUCCCUGAUCUCUCUGCUCUAUCCGUCAGAUGCCUUAAAUGUCAUCAUUUUUACAUUAUAUUAAUUAUUUUAUGUUAUUCACUCGCCUUCUUCAAAAAAAAAAGCUUAAUACAAGCUUUAAACAUCCUAUAAUCCUACCAUUCUCCUAGAUAUUUGUGACGAUUUCUAGAUAAGGCCAAACAGAAAGAGCGGAGGUAUCACUGCUAAUAUGACCCAAUCUGUUUACCUGGAAUGCCAAUAGGUUGCGGCCCGUCAUUAGGUCAACACUGUCCCAGUUUUAUUUUCCAUUAUCUUGUGCAUGUCGCUAAUGCAUUCCAACUCACUCUGUUCCGGCAUCCAGCUUUUUCGGAAACUUCUUUACCCAUAGUUUUUAGCGACUUUUGUAUAUUCUGUACUCGUUUGGAUUUUGGAUACCUCAUCAGCUUUUUCGAUACCCAUAAUACUCUCGUAGCCUGUAACCACGUAUGUAUAUUUGCAGUCGUUUAUCCUCGGCCAUCCUGUGUACUGCUUCGCUUCUAAGGACAUUUUCUGACGUCAUACAAUAUGAGAUUAUUGCCUUCUGACUGUCGUCAUAUGUAUAAGUUGAUAUUUUGCAUAUAAUUUUCUGCAUUGCUCGCUAUCUCAAUCUCAGGAGCUUUCCACUUCAUCAGUCAUUUUUGAUCCAACAGUGUAGAUGUUAUAUGCUCCACAAGCGAAACGCAUGUCCUUGCGCCAACCGUCAUCUUUAAACGUAACUCAAAACACUCCAUCCCAGAUAAAAUAAGGUAUCUAUCCUCCAUGCGCCUGCAUAUCUAACGUGCAUGAAGGUUCUAGCGGAACUUAACUCAAGGCUAUUAAUGUCAUGACUAAUUUCGCUGCAAUGCUUUUCACGGCGAUGCCGAUUGGUGGUCGGUCAAGUAACUCUUCAUGAGCCGCCAUCGGAGGGAUUCUUAUGUCCACAUAGAAUUUUAAAAAAGGAACUUUAUCUAGAAUUUUGCUCAAAUUCUAUGUAAAACCUUUUUAUCUAUUUGACAACGUGCGGUAAAUAAACGCUUCAAAACUUUGUAUGGGAUCUACAACAGAAAGAGAGUUAAAAAUAAAAGAAAAAUUGAAAACAGAAAAUUGAAAACUAAAAAAA